AUGGCUGCUGUUCAAUCGAAAAACCCUUCCAAUGCCACUUUCAAGGAUAAGGAAAAGCCUCAGGAAGUGAGAAAGUCGAACAUUCUCGCUGCCAGAGCCGUCAGUGACGCCAUCAGAACCUCCUUGGGUCCUAAGGGUAUGGACAAGAUGAUCAAAACCAAGGACGGCAAAAUCAUCAUUUCGAACGAUGGUGCCACAAUUCUUAAACACAUGGCUAUUUUACACCCAGCUGCACGUAUGUUGGUGGACUUGUCUGCUGCACAAGACGUUGAGGCUGGUGAUGGUACUACAUCUGUAGCCAUUUUGGCAGGGUCUCUUUUGGGUGCCGCUGAGAAAUUGUUGAACAAGGGUAUCCACCCAACCAUUGUUGGGGAAAGCUUUCAACGUGCUGCUGCACGUGUUUGUGAGGUUUACUUGGAGAUGUCUCACAAAAUUUCCUUGAAGGAUAGGGAGAUCUUGAUCAAGGCCGCGUCUACCUCGUUAUCCUCCAAAAUCGUUUCUCAGCACUCAGCAUUGUUGUCUCCUCUCUCGGUAGACUCUGUGCUCAAAGUCAUGAAUGAAUACCACGAUAAUGUCGACUUGAACGAUAUCCGCCUCAUCAAGAAAGUAGGCGGCACCAUUGACGACACUGAAUUAGUGGAUGGUGUUGUGCUUACACAGAAUGUUUUGAAAUCUGCUGGCGGCCCCUCCCGGAUGGAAAAGGCCCGUAUUGGCUUAAUACAAUUUCAAUUGUCCCCACCCAAACCAGACAUGGAGAACAAUGUGGUCGUUAACGAUUACAGACAAAUGGACAAGAUUCUCAAGGAAGAGAGAGCAUAUUUGCUUAAUAUUUGCAAGAAGAUAAAGAAAGCUAAGUGUAAUGUCUUACUUAUUCAAAAGUCUAUUUUAAGAGACGCCGUGAAUGAUUUGGCAUUGCAUUUCCUUGCGAAAUUGAAUAUCAUGGUCAUCAAAGACAUUGAAAGAGACGAGGUUGAGUUUUUGACGAAAGCCACUGGCUGCAAGCCAAUCGCAGAUGUGGACAACUUCACUGAGGAUAGAUUAGGUGCAGCUGAGCUCGUCGAUGAAAUAGAGUCGUCUGGAUCCAAGAUCGUUAAAAUCACAGGUGUCAACCCAAAGAAUACCCGCCCAACUGUCUCUGUGGUUAUUCGUGGCGCCAACCAACUAGUUUUGGAUGAAGCCGAAAGAUCGAUUCACGACGCACUUUGUGUGGUCAGAUGUUUAGUGAAGGAAAAGGCUUUGAUUGCUGGCGGUGGUGCUCCAGAGAUCGAGGCUUCCAGAGUGCUCUUCAAGGAGGCCAACCAAUUAAGUGGUGUUGAGCACUUCGUUUACCAAGUUUUUGCACAGGCAUUGGAGGUGAUUCCAACCACGCUAGCCGAGAAUGCUGGUUUGAAUCCUAUCAAUGUUGUGACUGACUUGAGAAAUAGACACGAAAAAGGGGAGAAAAACGCAGGCAUCUCUGUCAGAAGACAUGGCGCUUCUAACACAUUCACCGAAAAUGUUUUACAACCAGUUCUUGUCUCUACUAGUGCUAUCACAUUGGCUGCUGAGACUGUGAAAUCCAUUUUACGUAUAGAUGACAUCACCUUCAGCCGUUAG